AUGUCCAACAGCAGCUCCAUCAGCUACUCCCUCCUGCUGGCAUUGGCAGACACGCAGCAGCUGCAGCUCCUGCACUUCUGCCUCUUGCUGGGCAUCUCCCUGGCUGUCAUCCUGGGCAAUGGCCUCAUCAUCAGCGCCGUGGCCUGCGGCCACCACCUGCACACACCCAUGUUCUUCUUCCUGCUCAACCUGGCCCUCACUGACCUGGGCUCCAUCUGCACCACUGUCCCCAAAGCCAUGCACAAUUCCCUCUGGGACACCAGGAACAUCUCCUACACAGGAUGUGCUGCACAGCUAUUUUUACUAAUCUUCUUUCUUGCAACAGAGUUUUCACUCCUGACCAUCAUGUGUUACGACCGCUAUGUGUCCAUCUGCAAACCCCUGCACUACGGGACCCUCCUGGGCAGCAGAGCUUGUGCCCACAUGGCAGCAGCUGCCUGGGCCAGUGCCUUUCUCAAUGCUCUGCUGCACACAGCCAACACAUUUUCCCUGCCCCUGUGCCACGGCAAUGCCCUGGGCCAGUUCUUCUGUGAAAUUCCCCAGAUCCUCAAGCUCUCCUGCUCCAAAUCCUAUCUCAGGAAACUUGGACUUCUUGUGGUUACUAGCAGUUUAUCAUUAGGUUGUUUUGUGUUUAUUGUUUUCUCCUAUAUGCAGAUCUUCAGGGCUGUGCUGAGGAUCCCCUCUGAGCAGGGACGGCACAAAGCCUUUUCCACCUGCCUCCCUCACCUGGCCGUGGUCUCCUUGUUUGUCAGCACUGGAACAUUUGCUCACCUGAAGCCCCCCUCCAUUUCCUUGCCAUCCCUGGAUCUGGCCUUGUCAGUUCUGUACUCGGUGGUGCCUCCAGCCCUGAACCCCCUCAUCUACAGCCUGAGGAACCAGGAGCUCAAGGCUGCAGUCUGGACACAGAUAAUUGGGUGGUUUCAGAAACAUUAA